GCGCAUGCGUCCUAACGGCCGGUCCCUGCGGCUCGGGAUGGAGGCUGGACAGUUGUUUUAGCUGUGUAUUUUGCCAUUCCUUGAAAGAACAGAGGCACAUUAUAAAAUUCAACAGUUCUACUUGCAUUCUAUGAGAGUACAACAAAAUGGAUAUACCAAAUCCCCCAACUUCGAAAUGCAUCACUUAUUGGAAGAGAAAAGUGAAAUCUGAAUAUAUGAGACUCCGACAGCUCAAACGGCUUCAGGCUAAUAUGGGUGCAAAGGCUCUGUAUGUGGCAAAUUUUGCAAAGGUCCAAGAAAAAACUCAGAUUCUUAAUGAAGAAUGGAAGAAACUCCGUGUUCAGCCUGUUCAGUCUAUGAAGCCUGUGAGUGGGCAUCCUUUUCUCAAAAAGUGUACCAUAGAGAGUGGUUUCCCAGGAUUUUCAAGCCAGCAUAUGUUGAUGAGAUCUCUGAAUACUGUAGCGUUGGUUCCCAUCAUGUAUUCCUGGUCCCCUCUCCAGCAGAACUUUAUGGUAGAAGAUGAGACUGUUUUAUGCAAUAUUCCUUACAUGGGAGAUGAGGUGAAAGAAGAAGAUGAAACUUUCAUUGAAGAGCUGAUCAAUAACUAUGAUGGGAAAGUCCAUGGUGAAGAAGAGAUGAUUCCUGGAUCUGUCCUGAUAAGUGAUGCUGUUUUCCUGGAAUUGGUAGAUGCUCUGAAUCAACACUCAGAUGAAGAGGAGGAAGGGCACAAUGACACCACUGAUGGAAAACAGGAUGAUAGCAAAGAAGAUCUUCCAUUAACAAGAAAGAGAAAACGACAUUCUAUUGAAGGCAACAAAAAAAGUUCCAAGAAACAGUUCCCAAAUGACAUGAUCUUCAGUGCCAUUGCCUCCAUGUUCCCUGAAAAUGGUGUCCCAGAUGACAUGAAGGAGAGGUAUCGAGAACUAACAGAAAUGUCAGAUCCCAAUGCACUUCCCCCUCAGUGCACACCCAACAUCGAUGGCCCCAAUGCCAAGUCUGUGCAACGGGAGCAGUCUCUGCACUCCUUCCACACACUCUUUUGCCGACGCUGCUUUAAAUACGACUGUUUCCUUCACCCCUUUCAUGCCACCCCUAAUGUGUAUAAACGCAAGAACAAAGAAAUCAAGAUUGAACCAGAACCCUGUGGCACAGACUGCUUCCUUUUGCUGGAAGGAGCAAAGGAGUACGCCAUGCUCCAUAAUCCCCGCUCCAAGUGCUCUGGGCGCCGCAGGCGAAGGCAUCAUGUGGUCAGUGCUUCUUGCUCCAAUACUUCAGCCUCUGCUGUGGCUGAGACUAAAGAAGGGGACAGUGACAGGGACACAGGCAAUGACUGGGCCUCCAGUUCUUCAGAGGCUAACUCUCGUUGUCAGACCCCCACAAAACAGAAGGCCAGUCCAGCCCCACCUCAACUUUGUGUUGUGGAAGCCCCUUCAGAGUCUGUGGAGUGGACCGGGGCUGAAGAAUCUCUUUUUAGAGUCUUCCAUGGCACCUACUUUAACAACUUCUGUUCCAUUGCCAGGCUUCUGGGGACGAAGACAUGUAAGCAGGUCUUUCAGUUUGCAGUGAAAGAAUCACUUAUCCUGAAGUUGCCAACAGAUGAGCUCAUGAAUCCAUCACAGAAGAAGAAAAGAAAGCACAGAUUGUGGGCUGCACACUGCAGGAAAAUUCAGCUGAAGAAAGAUAAUUCUUCUACACAAGUGUACAACUAUCAACCCUGUGACCACCCAGACCGGCCCUGUGACAGCACCUGCCCCUGCAUCAUGACUCAGAAUUUUUGUGAGAAGUUCUGCCAAUGCAAUCCAGAUUGUCAGAAUCGUUUCCCUGGCUGUAGAUGCAAGACCCAGUGUAAUACCAAGCAGUGUCCUUGCUAUCUGGCAGUACGAGAAUGUGAUCCUGACCUGUGCCUCACCUGUGGGGCUUCAGAACACUGGGACUGCAAGGUGGUCUCCUGCAAAAACUGCAGCAUCCAACGUGGCCUCAAGAAGCACCUGCUGCUGGCCCCUUCCGAUGUGGCCGGAUGGGGCACCUUCAUUAAGGAGUCUGUGCAGAAAAAUGAAUUCAUAUCUGAAUAUUGUGGUGAGCUCAUCUCUCAGGAUGAAGCUGACCGACGAGGGAAGGUCUAUGACAAGUAUAUGUCCAGCUUCCUUUUCAACCUCAACAAUGAUUUUGUUGUAGAUGCUACCCGGAAAGGAAACAAAAUUCGAUUUGCAAACCAUUCAGUGAACCCCAACUGUUAUGCCAAAGUGGUCAUGGUGAAUGGAGAUCAUCGCAUUGGGAUCUUUGCGAAGAGGGCAAUUCAGGCUGGUGAAGAACUCUUCUUUGAUUACAGGUACAGCCAAGCUGAUGCUCUCAAGUACGUGGGGAUUGAGAGGGAGACCGAUGUCCUCUAGCCCUACUGGCCCUGCACCAGGCACUGUCGUUCAUGCACACACCACUGCAGCUCAAGCCCCUGCACUAUGUGUCUUCCACACCAAGAAACCCCACCCGCUCCCUCUAUAGCAAGGCCUCAGCUGUGUCCCAGGAGGACAAACCAUCUCAGAGAGAAGAGGGAAGACAGAGGCAAACAUAGCUUGGUCUUCCAGGCAAGAAAGCUCAAAUGUGGAGGUUGCAUCUCAACCUGAAGAGGGCACAGGCUGGGGUGGAUGAUAACGCUUGAUUUCUCCUCAGCCCUCCAGGCUGUGAACCUCAGGAAUUCACUUUGGCAGUUUCUGACAAGUGCUGUCAUUUUAGCUUUCCCAAACAAGGGUCUUUAUGUAAUUGGGAUGCCAGGAAUAUCUAAAUGAAGUCUGGUCCCUGGAGCCUACUGUGCUCUGGGUUAGAGGUAAGCUUGCAGUUAAUAUAGAGUGUAUGCAGAGGGAGAUGGUUGCCUUCCUAUUGCUUCCCUCUAGGGGGGUCCAAACUGAAGGCUUUCAGAAGGUCUUCCCUGUACUUCUGAAGGGGUGUGGUAUUUUCAGAUUCCUAGGAGCAGGCACCAGCACCCCAGCUCCUUCCAAAGUUGUAGCUCAGUAACUGCAGGCAGGCCUUACGUACUCCUGGUGAAGCAUUGGGUGUGUCUGCUUCAUUGGACUGUAGGGUUUUUUGUUUUUUUUUUUCCAAGCUUUCCUUUCCUAGAGGCUAGGUCCAAAGGGCCAAGUGUCUGGGAAUGGGGCUGGAUUAGAGAGGGAUAGAUUGUUGGUAUGAUUUAGUCCCUGUCUCCUGCUGUUUGGAAAGGAAAGGGUGAGUUGGCAAUAUGUUUGCAGGUGGGUGAGGGAUGCAGUUGCACACAUUUAGAAUGGUGACACAGUGCAGGGCAGGCUGGCAAAAGGUGUUUGCUGUGUGGAGCCUGCAAAUCACCUGACCCAGUCUGAGGUGCCAUUCUCUCUGGGAUUCAUGUAGAACAAAGCACUUUAACUUUCUUUUAGAAGGUCUAUAGAUUGGAGUAGAAUUUAAGCCAGGGUCUCUUGUUUCUGCCCAAAUCCCACUUCAGAGGAAGCGGGGUAAGAGGGGCUAGAUAUUUUCCCCUCCAUUUCCAACUCAUCUAGGAGAGGCAGGAAGAACUGGCUUGACUCAGAAUUUACAAGUCAGGAGCCAGCAAGAGCUGCCCUGGGUCUGUGACUGGUGUGCUGAGCUGGCAGGGAAUAAAGAACAUUGUGCUGGGUAGAAAGGGCUCAGACAGGUAUGGACUGGCCUAGGGAGUGUUAGAAUGGGGAGCCAGAAUUUCCUUUUUUUCUAGAGAACCAGAGCCUCCUACACUUGACCUGUACACACACACACACACACACACACACACUUAGGCACGUAUGCACACACAUACACACACAGCCUCCUACACUUGACCUGUGUACACACACACACACAUACACUCUUAGGCAAGUAUGCACUCCACACUCAGCACAUACCCAUCUUUCUCCUACCAUGAUUCUGAAAUCCUCCUGUGCUGUGUUUGUUUUCCUUGUGUGUAUCAGGAUAGCCUCAAGCUAGAUUAUGGGCUCUGAAUUAAUCAUUAAUUCGGGGGAGGGGGGAACCAGACAAUUGGCGGCAUUAGGGCUGUCCGGAAUGCCAAAGAUUGUCCCAUGAAAUAGAUGUAGAUUAAAAAAAAGAAAAAACUUUACAAUCUUUGCAAGGCUAAACUGACCCCACCCUCUCUUCAACAAGCAGAAUCACUGGUCAAUCCUUCCUUCUUCGGUUUCAUACCCCUAAUACUCUGUUCCUUCAGCAUUCCUAUCCUUUGCCCACCCCCCUCCUCCCUUUAAUGACGGGUUUCAACCCCCCCCCCCCCCAUGCAAUGAUGAAUGGAGUAAGCUGAUGGGGACUGGGUGGGGGAGGCUGGUGUAUGUGCAACUUUAUUGCCAGUGAAUUUCAUGCACUUUAAAGUCCUGUGGCUUGUGACCUCUUAUCUAAUAAAUUGUUAGAAUCCAUUUGA